CAUGGAGAGGACAACAUUACAUUUAUAUAUGUCACAAAUUGGUGUUGCGCAGAAACUAUUAUAAGACGGUGUAAAUACAAAUCUGUACCAGCCUGGUGAAAAUAUGCAUGCGCCAAACAUCCCGCGUGCAGAUAUAUAACACCAAGCUUACACUUUGAACGGACGAUUACAUCACUUGACCCCGAGUGUUUAACUGCGUCAGCCUGUUGAGAAGCGUCCGAGUUAACAUGGCGUGGAAAGGAAAGCCAAUUCAUCUACCAUGUGUUUCCCUGGGGACAUUCAUGACGGAAAGGUUCGAUCAACAUGGAGAUAGGGUUGCCAUGGUUAACUCGAACACCGGCCAUGUCAUGUCGUACCGCCAACUCUCGUCCACAAUCCGACGUCUGGCUCGUGGUCUUAGUAACCUCGGAUUCAAGAGAGGCGACGUUCUCUGCAUCUUCUCCCCGAAUGUCAUCGAGUACCCAAUAGUGUUCUACGCAGUUGCCUCCCUUGGUGGUGUACUACAAGCGACCAACCCACUCUACAAUGGAGAUGAACUCAAACACACCAUUGACAUCUGUAAAACCAAGUUCCUCCUGACACUGCCGGAUAUGCUUCCAGUCGUCAGGCAGGCCCUGGCCCAAGCCCAUGGCGUCCAGAAGGUUAUCGUGCUGGGUGAGGCUGAGGGCUGUGUCAGCUUCGCCUCCCUCAUCACGCCGGAUAUUUCUGAUGCACCAAUAAGCGACCAAGGCAUCGACCCAAAGAACGACGUCACCGCAAUACUGUUCUCCAGUGGAACGACCGGAAAACCAAAAGCAGUGCAGAUAUCUCAUUAUGCGAUGACGUCCAACGUACUACAGUUGUUGGAACCGGGACUCCUGACGGAGAAGGACUCCUACGUGUCGUUUCUACCCUUCUUCCAUAUCUACGGGCUAGGCCCUAUCAUCUCCACCGGGCUAUACAGUGGGGCCAAGAAUGUUGUCAUGUCCAGAUUCGACGUUCAUGAGUACUUGCGCAACAUACAGGAACAUAAGGCCACCGUGCUGCACCUGGUGCCACCCGUCAUGGUUCUGUUGACCACCCUGCCCACUGUCCGGCAGUAUGACCUGAGCAGUGUUCACCGAGUCCUUUGCGGAGCUGCGCCUCUGAGCAAAGACAUCGAAGCGAAGAUUCUAAAGAUAUUCAACAUCAAGCAUGUUUCACAAGGCUUCGGGAUGACGGAAUGCCAAGUAACACACUUGUCACUUGAUGUGAUGCACAGGUUCGGCUCGGUCGGGACUGUCGUUGCGGGAACCGAGUGUAAGAUAGUCGACCUAGAGACCGGAAAGUCCCUCCCCUCAAACAAAGAUGGUGAGGUCUAUGUGAGAGGGCCAGGCUUGAUGAAAGGGUACCUGUCAAACCCUGGUGCCACGAGCGCCAUGUAUACCGAGGAUGGAUGGAUGAAGACAGGUGAUAUCGGCCAUGUUGACGACGAGGGGUUUCUCUUCAUUGUUGAUCGGCUGAAGGAGCUCAUCAAAUACAAGGCCUUCCAGGUGGCGCCAGCUGAGCUGGAGGAUGUUCUGUUGAGUCACCCCAGCGUGGCAGAUGUCGGUGUCAUCGGUAUCCCGGAUGUGGAGGCAGGAGAGUUGCCCAAAGCCUUUGUUGUCAGGAAACCAGGGUCAAUGACAACAGAACAAGAACUGCAAGAUUUUGUGAAAAGUAAAGUAUCUGGAACCAAGAGACUCCGGGGAGGAGUGACCUUUCUUGAAGAGAUUCCAAAGAGCGCCAGCGGCAAGAUCCUCAGAAGAAUGCUGCGAGACAUGGAGAAAAACACUAGGUCAAAGUUGUAGGAGGAGCCUUAGGGCACAGAGAAAACCAUAAACAAUAACAUUGAUAUACAGAUAUACUUAACGUAUCUAUUGUUAAUGUAUAUAUUUAUUAAUUCACUAAAACAAUGGGGAACACUUUAAGAAUACAUGCCCACAGAACGACAGAUAUUAACACUGGGAUCACACAAUUAAUAUUUCAUGGACAUAUUUGAAAUUGUGUAAGAAAAUAGUGUACUGCUUUGCGUGGUCAUGUUGCCUUGUCUUAUCCAUUCUGUCAAUCAGCACUUCUACAAUCAGGAUAAUAAUAAUAAUUGUUUAAAUUGAUUAAAAAAAAUAUAUGAG